UUAUCAGAAAAUCGAAAUGCAAAACCUCUUCACACUCUUCUUUCAAGCGGCGUUCGUCAUCGUUUACGCCAUCGGCAUUUGCUGCUUUUAUCUCAGCCAUCCGAAGGUCUCCCCUAAACAAGGCGCUGUCGAACAAACGUCCGUUUACUACCCCAUCAAAUCGCCGUUGCUGCUCAAUGCCGUGUUGCACCUGAGUUACCUGACGGCGCGUCUGCUGCGCAACUGCAACAUCGCUUCAGGAACUUUGCUGCGGUGUGUUCCCUCACACGAGCUGCUCAGUAAAGUCUUCACAUUAAUAGUCUUCCCCUCAGCGCUGAGCUUGUUUCUGCCGUUCUGGAUCAAGUAUUCGUUGUGUCGAGAAUUCAUUUACCCUGAAGUUUUCGAUGCCAUCAUCUCAGACUUCAAGUUCCACAGCGUGCACACUGUUCCACUAGUGGCAGUGGCAGCUGAAGUGACGCUAGUCCCACGCUCCUUUCCUCCCAAAUGGAUCGGAUUCUCUUCCUGCGCCGCCGUGUUCCACGCGUACCUCGCAUGGGCGUUAGCACGAGCUUUUUCCAGCCACAACUUCUUCUCUCACGAAGUCCAGUCCAUGACCGGCCGACGCUUGGCUCUGCUUCUGCUGCUGUUGACGCUCAUUCUCUGGUGCUCGUACACCAUCGGCCGAGGGGUCAACUCUGUGAUGGCAGGCCUACGAAAAACGACGCUGGACAGCAUAGUCUUCGGAACACCAGCAGUCAGCGCCGAGAGGAGCAGAUGAUGAUUUUGAUGAUGUAAUUUAUAGUUAAGUAGCAGUUAUUCACUGAAAGUAUUCACAAAUUCAUCAUUAUUCUAUUUAUAAUAUUAUCUAGGUUCUUCAAUGAUUCAUUAUUACUGUAAUUAUUCCUGUGAUUUAACUUGUUUUUUUUUACUUACGUUACCAUUGUUCGUUUUACUUGAGUCUAUAGUCUUUGGUGGUCUCAAUAACAAACAUCGUGAAUCACGGCACCGUGAAGUGAAGUAUGGAAAGUUUAGGAACGAAUUAUAUCCUAAAAACUUUCAGAGUUUAAAUUUUUUUCGUAUUAUAAUCGAAUCUAUUUUAUAAUACAUAUUUAUUACCUAAAUUUGGUUAGUCAAUCAUCAUGAAGCGCUAGCUAAUCUCACCAUGGCGCUAGCUAAUCUCACCCAUGCACCGCACGAGGCAAUUAAGGGGCCGUACAAUAAAAACUAUAAGUUACGAGUUCAUAACUUCGUCAGCCAAUAACUCGGCUUUUCAGUCUGAACCCACCAAUCACAGACGAAAAAUAAACCGCUAAGUGCACUAUGGACCCUACUUGUCCUCAAGCCGCUACUUGUAUUUAGGCCGCUAUACGGAUAAUUCGACUACAACGCGAAUCUGCAUUAAUCGAUGGCGAAUCAUCGUUGAUCUACGUCGAAUCUACAUUAAUCGAUGUCGAAUCCAUAUUAAUUGUCAAAUGUCCGACAGUUGAGUUUGACCGUUUGUCGACUACGCGACAACAAAUUCAAUUUUUUUUCUUUUUGUCUCCGAGAUCACCGACACGCUUCUCGUUACUAUGGCAAGUCAGUUAAGUAAGUUUUGAAAGUACGGCUCCAGGUAAACAUUUCUUAGGUGCUCAGAAGAAUGCACCGAGUCUUCGAAGUUCGAU